CAUUGGCAACAGAGGACAGUCGGGCUUGAAGGAUAGCAGAGGGCGUGCUGUUCUCGGUACUAUACAAAAAAAUAUCGUCAUGCUACGCAUCAGAGAUAGUGUAUCCUCAGUUCUGCACGCGUCAUUAUGGCAGACCUCCGUUCUUCAGCAGGGAGUGCCGGUGCUCGGUCGAAGACAAACCCAUGACCUCCUGAAUGUGUAGCAGUUUUAACCAUUCGACAGCGACAUUCGUUCGAAGUGCGUAAAAACAACUGGUUUUUUUUCGCAGGAAAAAGAUAACAGGAUGUUGGACACAAGCAGUCUUCAGAAGCAACAAGGCAUCAAGCCUCAUCGGCCAGGACGCACCAUAACCUGUUACUACUGUGGUCUUGUAUUACAUGAAAAACAUCUGCAGGCACACAUGAAACAAUGCCCUCUAGUAUUGGAAGGAUGUCCGAACAAAUGUGGCGUAACUGCAGAGCGACGUGAAAUGAAGCACCACUUGAGUAAUGAAUGCAUGAACGUCAGAAGACCAACAGACAAUUUACAGUUAACAACAAGUCCACAUGUGACGACAAAACCACAACAUAAUUUUGAUGCAGUACCAAUGACGCAGCAAUGUGAAACUCGACGUCAGCCUGUUGCAGUACCAGAAGAGUGGAAUGAGAAGGUUGUAGCUGCCCUGACAGUCGUCAAGAAAGCUUUGCUCAAAGAAGAGAAUGAACGCUGUCAAGCACAGGCAGAAUUGAAACUUGAACUGAAGAAUCUUAAUCAGCACAUGCAGAUGACUGACGACCGACUUCAUAACGCAGUCUCACAGGUGAAAGUGGCACAGUUUCAUGAACUCAAAGAAGAGGUCCUGCUUCUAAAGGAAUCCCUGAAGGAAGAACGAGAGGAGAGAUGUCGUAUCGGACAACAGCUAGCUUAUGAAGUGGAAAAAUCAAAUAUUUGGUAUCGACAGGUAAAUGACCUGAAAAUGAAACUGGAAGAAUAUAGAAAUGAAAUGGAAACAUGGAAGAUAAGACAUGAAGAAGAAGUGCACAGGUUGUUGCAGGAAGUGGUUCAGGAGAGAAAUCACAGACAUCGAGCUGAAACAGAACUAAGAAUGGAAGCAGCAAAGCUGGAGGAUAUGUUUUGCGCAUUAGAGCAAUGGAGGGAUGAAGACGAGCGUCAGCGGUAUCAGUUAGAAGAACAGCAUGUAAAGCGAGAAGUAGAAUGGAAGGGGCAAGUGGAACAGCAGAAAGGAGAAGUUGAUAAAAUGAAAAAGGUGGUAGAAAAAUACUGUCAUGAUGUGGACGAGUUUCAUGAAUUUCUCUCCAGUGAAAACGUAAUGAUCAGUGGGCUCUGGGCUGAGCAGCUGGCAGAAGUACGCAGUAUAACUGAGAGGGUUGAGUCUCUGAAUAAAGUAUCAGAGGCUAAGUUCAAAGAAAUUGCACAAUUGAAACAACAAUUAAGUGAAUGCGAUGAAGCAAUAACAAGACAAGUUCGAGGCAACUGCACUAUCUUUUCAGGUCACAUUAUAUGGACAAUUUCAGACUUUGAGGCCAAGAUGACCGAUGCAAAGGAAAACAGUACUGUACUACAUAGUCCUGUGUUCUACAGUUCACAGCAUGGCUAUAAGCUACGGGUUGAGGUAAGGUUGAAUGGACUAGGACAGUGGACUGGUCGCCACAUGACCGCCUCACUUCAAGUGCUGGAGGGAGAAUGGGACCCUUUGCUGCAAUGGCCAUUUAAUCAACGGGUCACCCUGAGACUUCGUGAUCAGAACAAUGCCUCAGACAAGGUGAACGACUUAGUGAAGAACCUCGUGGAAGGCCAAGAGAAAGAAGACCCAGCAGGAUUGCACGUGUUCAUUCCUCAUGCAACACUGCAGCAGCAUAAUUAUGUUCUCAACAACAUUAUGUUUCUUGAAGUAACUGUGGGAAAAUACUGAUUCAUGAAAUAUGAGGAAUGUAUAAAGUUUUUCCAGGUUAUAUUACAAAAUGCAGAUUAUCUAAGGGGUAUCUGACAAUACUGACUGGCUCACUAUACAGUCAUUACAGGAAUAUCCAAAUUUACAUGCCAUCAAUAUGCAUGUUUUCACAUAUACACAGUUUUCAUUCCUAGGAAGACGCAGUGUCCCUGCAGAUAUCUGGUUCAUUUCUUUAAAAAACAUAAGAAAAACAAAAACUUCUAACUAAUAAGAAAGGA